GCAGCCAUGGCAGUCACCUCCGAGGGCGCCCGCCGGAAGGAGCGCGUCCUCUGCCUGUUUGACGUGGAUGGGACGCUUACGCCGGCUCGCCAGAAAAUUGACCCAGAGGUGGCUGCCUUCCUGCAGAAGCUGCGCAGUCGGGUACAGAUUGGCGUGGUGGGCGGCUCUGACUACUCCAAGAUUGCUGAGCAGCUGGGCGAGGGGGAUGAAGGAUGGCAUGGUUAUCCCACCAUCCAGAACCACCUGGGGGAGGAGCUGCUGCAGGACUUGAUCAACUUCUGCCUCAGCUACAUGGCCCUGCUCAGACUGCCCAAGAAGCGUGGAACCUUCAUUGAGUUUCGGAAUGGCAUGCUGAAUGUUUCCCCCAUUGGCCGGAGCUGCACCCUGGAGGAGCGGAUCGAGUUCUCCGAGCUAGACAAGAAGGAGAAGAUCCGGGAGAAGUUCGUGGAAGCCCUGAAGACAGAGUUUGCUGGCAAAGGACUGAGGUUCUCACGAGGAGGCAUGAUCAGCUUUGACGUGUUCCCUGAGGGCUGGGACAAGCGCUACUGCCUGGACUGCCUGGACCAGGACAGCUUCGACACCAUCCACUUCUUCGGAAACGAGACCAGCCCCGGUGGGAACGACUUUGAGAUCUUCGCCGACCCCCGGACCGUCGGGCACAGCGUGGUCUCCCCACAGGACACAGUGCAGCGGUGCCGCGAGCUCUUCUUCCCAGAGACAGCCCAUGAGGCAUGACCGGGGCUGCAUCUGCCCCUCGUGACUUCAGAGCCCUCAGCCCAGGCUGAAGAGAGACCCUGGCCCUGGUGUGGGAGUGACAGGGCCCCUCCUCCUCCGGCCAGGUGGCCUGUCUCAUGCGUGCCUGUUGCAAGGGCCAGCGGAUGGGGCGAGGCCAGGGUCUGUGUGCAUAGCGUCUCCAGCCAGUCAGCUCCCGGAGGACUGUCUCCCACCCUCCCAGGGUCUAGCCUUGCCCAGGACAGAGUGUUCCUGUCCUAAACCCCGAGAGCCCAGGCCACAGCUGCUGCUUGUCCUUCUGAACAGAACAGGUUUCCAUAUUUGCUGGAAGGAGGGCGUGUGUAAGUGUGGGUAUGAGAUAGAGCCCGCCCUGCCUGCCUGCUCCACGGGUGCUGCGCAGUGGGGACGGCGCGUGUGCUGGAUAACUUUAUGUCACAAAUUAAUAUUAAAGUUCC